AGCAAUUGAAUUUCAAACACAAACAACUGCAUGGGGCACCGACCCGUCUCCCGGGAGCCAACCUGCUGCUAGCACCACCUGGGCGCCGCUGGCUCCUGCUCCCCCCCCACCCCCGCCCCCAGGCCGCUUGCUCUCCGGAGGGGUGGGGGAGAGCUGCCUGCCGGAUCGCUGGGUUUUGCCUCCAAACUUCCCCCUCCUCCCCCCCAGACGCACACCUAAGCCCCCACUUUCCAGCAGCCUGGCGCUCAGGGCGAAGAUGUCCCGGUCCAAUAGGCAGAAGGAGUACAAAUGCGGGGACCUGGUGUUUGCCAAGAUGAAGGGUUACCCCCACUGGCCUGCUAGGAUCGAUGAGAUGCCAGAAGCCGCCGUCAAAUCCUCCUCCAAUAAAUACCAAGUCUUCUUCUUUGGGACCCAUGAAACGGCGUUCCUGGGUCCCAAAGACCUCUUCCCCUACGAAGAGUGCAAGGAGAAGUUCGGGAAACCCAACAAGCGGAAAGGGUUCAGUGAAGGCUUGUGGGAGAUCGAGAACAACCCGACCGUCAAAGCCUCUGGGUAUCAGCCCACCCAGAAGAAGAGCUGCCCAGAGGAUGCAGAGCCUGAGCAGGAGCCGGAGGGCGACGGUGAGAAGAAAGGCAACGCGGAGGGCAGCAGUGAUGAGGAGGGCAAGCUGGUGAUUGACGAGCAAAGCAAGGAGAAGAACGAGAAGGCUGGGAUCAAGAGGAAAGCGGAAGAUGCCCUGGAGGACUCCCCUAAACGUGCCAAAGAGGCGGAGGGCCAGGAAGGGGAGAAGAAAGUAGAGAACGAAGAAGCCCCCAAGGAGGGAGAGAAACAGAAGCCCAGCCCCCCCGAAGGGGAGAAAGAGAAGAACAGUGACCCCGCUGGAGUCCCGGACGCGAGAGAGGCCAAGUCAGAGGGGAAGGAGAAAGGCGCCGCGGAGGAAAUCAGAGAUCACAAGGAGAGUCUGUAGCUGGCCGGCCUUCCCAAGCUGAGCUGAUCGUCUGGGCUGUUCCUUUCCUGCUGGGCUCCCUGGGUGCUAAACAGUUUCGUUCCUCGUCGGCUCGUCGCGUCUGCAAUUCGGGAAGAAAGAAAUAAAAAGAAACCAGUAACACGAACCAUCCCGUCCCCCGUCCCCUGUCCCCGCCCACCCGUAGCAGGGCGCAUGCUUGUAAUAGUGAUUUCUAGGGGGCGCUGAUCAGUUGAUUUGAAAUAAAAGCGAUUCAUGCCUUUUUAAAA